AUGCCUUCUCAAGAAGGUCCCAGCACAGCUCCUGAACAACCAGCAACAUCGAAUGGAAUUGGUGGAGCCGGUCCAAAUGGAGAUACUCAACAAGGCAAUGGCGUUUUGCCAAACAGUUCGAGCACCGUUGAGAAAUUCCCUCUGAUCAAUCGGCUGUUUCGACGACGAAAUCGAGUUCACAAUGCGUAUGAGGCACAGUCGGAGUUUAUGCAGAAGUUCGGCCAUGGAGGAAGCGACGCGAGUGCUGCGGCGGCUACUACAGCGACUGCCACGGAGCCGCGACCACCUCCAGAAGGUGUGUUCAUACUUUUCCUGUCCGUCCUCUUUGCUUUCAUUCUUAGCCGCUAG